UCGUUAGAUUUGGGCCACACUAGGACCCGUACUGACGUCAACUCAUGGAAAUUGUUAGAGUGGCAAGAUGGCUACGGAACCAAAUAAGACUGAGAUCCUCACCAUUUUCAAAAGAUUAAGAUCUGUUCCCACAAACAAGGUGUGUUUUGAUUGCGCAGCAAAAAACCCAAGCUGGGCCAGUAUUCCCUAUGGCGUGUUCUUGUGCAUCGACUGCUCUGGCAUCCACCGCUCCCUGGGAGUGCAUCUCAGCUUCAUCAGGUCCACUGAGUUAGACUCCAACUGGAACUGGUUUCAACUCAGAUGUAUGCAGGUUGGGGGCAACGCCAAUGCGACGGCGUUCUUCCGCCAGCACGGCUGCUCUACGAACGACACCAACGCCAAGUAUAACAGUCGUGCAGCCCAGAUGUACAGGGAGAAGAUUCGGCAGCAAGCAAACGCUGCAUUGUCCAAAUAUGGCACAGAUCUGUGGAUUGACUCCUCUGCAGGAGGCACUCCUGCCGUUCCUGAGAAGAAGGAGACAGACUUUUUUGCUGAACAUACGCAGCCUGCUAACGACUGGAGCAUGGCGCCGCCCUCUGAGCCAGAGCAGAAUGGAGCCGCUGUCACCGCACAGCUGACGGACACAACACCCAAAGGCCAGGAUGAGAACCAACCAGAAGAAGGACCGAGCAUUGAUUGUCUGAGCACAUCACCCAAAGCCUCCAUUGAGGACUCCAUGCGUUUGUCAUCGCAGGAAGGACGGACGCCCGGAGAUGUGAAACCUUCCAUCAUUGGAAAAAAGAAGCCCAUGGCUGCCAAAAAAGGGCUCGGGGCAAAGAAAGGUCUCGGUGCCCAGAAGGUGAGCAGUAAGAGUUUCUCUGAGGUGGAGAAACAAGCGCAGGUGGCGGAGAAGCUGAGAGAGGAGCAGGCUGCUGAGGCAAAGAAACAAGCUGAAGAAUCCAUUGUGGCCUCGAUGCGUUUGGCUUACAAAGAGCUGGAGAUCGACAGGAAGAUGGAGGAGAAGAAGCUUAAGAACCUGGAGGGCAAGAAGAGAGAGCAGGCCGAGAGGCUGGGCAUGGGCUUCGGAAACAGGAGUGCCGUGUCUCACUCAGUGAUGUCAGAGAUGCAGCUGAUCGAGCAGGAAACUCCUGUGGGAGCCAAGUCCUCCUCUCGCUCCAAACUGGACAUGUUUGAUGAGCCGGGCUUCACCUCUGGACCCCCAAAGUAUAAGGACAACCCGUUUACGGUGGGGGAUAGUUUUGGGUCCCGGUGGGACACUGAGGGAGGAAGUGCCUCCUUUACCACCUCCUGGGCUCUGGAGAAAGAGGACCCCAAAGAGGAGGUCACCAUCUCUAGUAUUCAGCCAAUUGGAGAGAGACUUCCCAGCAGAAGAAAAGCUGAGGCGUCGGCUCCGGUGUCAGAGUCGAGUGAGGCCAGGCAGAAGUUUGCCAACGCCAAGGCGAUUUCUUCGGACAUGUUUUUUGGUCGGGAGAGCAGCGCCGAGUAUGAUGCAAAGACGAGACUGGAGAGCAUGUCCGGCAGCACCUCCAUCAGCUCCGCUGACCUGUUUGGGGACGGCAGUGACCUUAAAGGGAGGGCAUCAGGCUUUGACAGCGUGCUCCCCGCAGGCCCUGACAUCGCACAGUUUAAACAGGGAGUGAAGACUGUAGCGGGCAAGAUGGCUGUCCUCGCCAACGGUGUCAUGAAUACAAUUCAGGAUCGUUACGGCUCCUACUGAUCAGCCCUGAGAGACGCACCAACCUGUGGGAAGACAUACUAACUAACGCCUGUGUAGAGCCAACCAGCCUCCUCACUGACACGUGCAUUUGGGCGGAAGAGAUGGGACGGAAGAGAGACGGGAAGCAGAACAGAUUGCAUGGGGAAAAGAAAUCGUCCUUCUCGCCCGUCCCUCUUUUAGAGACAAUUUUACAGGAGUGAGACAGUGUUUUCUUCUCUCAUUCUCAUUAGCAGACUCUUGAGUUUUAUUUUCAUAAAGGAAACCAUCGAAGGGUGUCGUCUUUUCUAAACCAAGAGUUUCGUUGUAAUUUACUGUCGAGAAUUUUUUGGUCUUAGAUUUUCAAAAUGACGUCAGAGUUAAUUCUACUAUAUUUUAUUCCUCCUGCAUAAAUCAAGUGUUGUUUUUGAUUCUUAUUUUCAAAUACUUCAUGCUUACGUCUUUUAUUUUAUCGUGAUAUUAAAAAAAAGGUGCAGUAUAUAUUUUCAACUUUUAGCGUUCAUUUGAACAUCCAGUGUUUGAUUCACUGCUGCUCGCUCACAGUAGAGUUUGUCCACAGGUUAUGUUUUUCAUUUCCAUGGAGCACUGACAGACAUCUGUCUCCACUAUUUCAGACCAUUUGUGAUCUUGGAAUGAAGCACUUCUGUCUGGGUGAACGUAUAAACUCUGAAACACUGGAGCAUCACAUGUUUGAUGUCCUAGCUGCUAUGGUUAUUUAUUACCUGUCUGAAAAACGGUCAAACCCAGGGAGCACUCAGGUGGCUCGGGGUCAGCAUCAGAGUGCGAUACCUCUGACCUGGUUUGAGUCCCAGAAUAGAAAUUGGAGAUUUCAAAUUGGGGAAUAAAGGGACAUUAAACCAGGCCUGUAGAUUAAAAAAUAAAUGAAUAAAUAGAAAAGUGGGUUUUGAUAGAGACAUCAGAUAGAACAUGCUCUAAGUCCCAGCUCAUAAAACAAUGACACUGUUUUGACUAUGCAUCUCCAUUCGUCCUUCAAAGGAGUUUCUCUCUGUGGUGUUUCUGCUGGUUGAAUCUGAAGUCUGCCUCGAUGAACCGUAACUCUGAAACUGCCUUUUUCUCUCUCAGCAGUUUAACCUUUUAUUCUGGAAGCCUGAUGUCUUCAGUUUACAUGUUUAUCUUUUGAGUUUCAGACACGUUGUACAACACGUCAUAAGGUUGAGCCUCUGAGACGAAAUGAUUCGUCUUCGGGACGAGGAACCCUUUCAGUAUUUCUCUGACACUGGUCAGGUAGCAUGCAACAAAACGUCUGUAGUAUUAGCCUUUGUGAUAAAAUCAGACUCAUUAGUGUGGCGGUGACAGCUUACACACAUCACACGUGUCGGUUUCCUGUUUGCUCGUCUCAGAGCCACAAAACCCGUCACCGUACGUUCCCGGCAGACUUGACAUUCAACGAGUUAUGGAAAGAGGUAGAGUCUGAGUAGGUUAGAGGUCUGACCUGGUUUGUAAUUUUCUUUGAAAGAUCAGAGUGUCAUAUUUUUCCUAUCGUGGCCAUGCCUGUGUGUGUCCCACCCAUGAUCAACUCUCCAGAAAGUAACAACUGUGUGGACUGAAACAACUAUUUAUUUGUUGGCAACAAAAAGAAACUUAUUCAGUAUGUUAAUAAAGAUCAAAAACCUC